UAUUGUGAUUGGUUAACCACUAAGAGAUGUCCCACCCCAUAGUUUAUCACCUACAAUGUUUUGAUUGAGUGCAACAUAGUGAUGUCAUAUCAUAAUGCUGUUGAUGAGUACCACAGACAGGACAGGUGUCUCCAUGUUCUAGACAAUUACAACAAUGAAUAAUAACUUGAUUGUUAAAUCUCUGUCUGUUUGUGUCUGCAGGAGAAGUAUCCCUCUGUCGUCUCUCUUCCUGCAGGCAGCGGCUCAGAGGUCAUGACCCUGAAUCACCCCGAGCUUCCUGGCUGUGUCUUGAUCCUGCAUUGGUCAGUGGAGGUCUGUAGCGAGGGAGGAGUCACUCCAAAGAUGGAGCUGCUGACAAAGAUCCCUGAGAAAGCCCUGAAGCUGUUUCCCUCUCAGGCGGUAGGGGGCGCUGCGGAGGCCUUCCAGAGCCUGCUGAGGGUUCUGGGAUCUGAAGCCGCCAUAGAGGCUGUCAUCAUGGCGGUCAGCCUUUCACCGGACACAUAACUCACACCUUCACCACACAACUCAUGACAUCUUUCUUCUGUUAUACCUACAAGAACCUUUAUAUGUAAAUACAAAUAAGUAAACGCACACUCAGCAAUGUUUUAGUCCCUUAGAAAUCUUUAUUCAAUAGAAAGAGCUCGACUGUGACAGUUGUAACAGCAAGCUCAUUGGUCAAAAUCUACAAAAAUAAAUAAUUUAAAUACAAAAUGCAAGACAGCCGUGGUGCCUUUGUAUUUUCAAAUAGUUUUUCUUCUCUCAGCUAUUUACACACACGCAGUUAUUAGAAGUCUGUAAGUAUCACAGUGCGGUGAUGAGUCUGCAGGUGACGCUCAGGCAGCAGGCGGAGGCAGCCGGCCAAUCACACGGCGGCUCACCUGCAUCAAAAACUCUUCCGUAAUCUAAGAAGGAAAAUAUUCUGCAAUAUAGCAGCUCUACGCUCUCGAGCCCCAGUUUGUGUCUGUUUGGUAUCUUGGUGUUGUUGUUCCUGACAGAAGAAACCCAAAAUAACAGAGAUUUGAAGCAUAGUUGAGGGUUCUGAAGCACACUAAUAUGGUAGCUGAAAUUGAUAAGUCUAUAUUUAUGCUACGGAAACUGAAAUUAUAAUUACAGUUCACAAAUUAAAAACCUUUUAUCUCAAAGUUCUGAUAUAUCAAACUAAAUAAUUCUGACCUACCCAACCUGUCAGUCAUAUUUGCUAAUUAUUUUUCUAGAUUGUUUGGUCAACGUCAGAAGAUUUAAACAACUAUUCUGUCCCCGUUUCUCAAAGCCUUCUCUUUUCACAAAGCAAUAAUAUAUCAGUUUAAUAUGAUAUAAAAUAGGAACUCUAUAUUUGAGUUAGAUGUUUUUGCAUUCAUCGAUUAUGAAAAUGGCUGGCAAUCUGAUAACGGGGACACGCUAGUCGUUGGCUGGUAAGAGACAAACUGUGGCUCCUUUUUCUCACAAUCACACUGACAAGAUCAUAACAAUUAUCUGUUGUGAUCAGAUGCUAUGGCAUAAAGUUUGUUAUACGGUUUUGAAGUUUCAAAAUGAAUCCAAUUAAAAUAGCAUCAAGUUUCAUUUCGAGAAACAUCCCGCCCUCCUCACUCUUAACUCCCAUGAGCCUCUGCGUUCCCGUCCUGCGACCCUGUUGCGUCUUACGUUCAACAGUUGGAACGAUCAGUGGUUGGUUCAGUUCACUGCGGUCCACUCUCCAACUUUAACUUCUCCGACAACCAUCGGAGGAGUCAAAUAAUAAGGGGUUAUGUGAUUGGUUAAAAAUCAAAGCCGCUAGAAAAAUAAAUGUUGAAGGCAACUCUGAAUGACAUCUGUUUUAAACCCUUUUAGUGUCUGGAUUAAACUGAAUUUCUGCUCCAUGUCACAGUGAUGUUAAAAGGAGUAUUUUUCUUCCAUCUGAAGUUUCAGUCUUGUAGUGUGAUGUGUGAUUGGCUGAUGGAGGCGUUGGAGGUUGGACCCUGUAACUAGGAACUGAAGUCAAGUGUUACCAGUUUAUUUUCAAGCCUCCCUGAGCACUGCUGGUUGGAGAGGGCGCUGACAUCACCAGGAGACAAAAGACCCGAGAUAAUCUGAACACAAACAUCAGCACUUAAGUUUCAUCUCCCCGUGAAGUCAUCAACACGCUCUCAGAAACCUCCCAGCGCCCCUAAACGCAUCAUUUUGCAAACAUCAGACGACCCUGUUGAGCUUGGUUUCAGUUCGUCAGGAGUUUGAGAUACUGAGAGUCCACGGCUGACAGCAGAACUGAUCUGAUGUCAGUGUGAACAAACUAACACAGAUUUGUUUCGCUGUGUGUGGACACAUCCUGUAACAAAGUCACACACACACACCACCAUUCCCCACUCCACUCCAGUCCUACCAGAACAUUUAGGCACAUGGACGAACGCACAACAAGCCACUUAUGGCACAAAAACCAGCAGAGCAGCAGCGUGAAGGAAACUGUUAGCCAGCGGCUUUACCAUCCUCUGCUCCACUUCCUGCUCCGCAAGCGUACGGUCACAUUACAUCCGUGUUUCUGAUUGGCCCACUGUCAGUGCACAGGUCAAAAGGUGAAUUCUGACCCGUGAGUCUGCACCCAAAUAGCACAUUUGUGGAUGAAUUUGUAGUUAUAAUUUCUGCUCAAAUUGUGAAUAAGAAAUGAUGGAAAUAUCCGCAGCACAGAAGUGUAAUGCAACCGUACCAUAACCAGGUAACUAAACACAGGAGUGUUAGACAAAUUACUUAUUUGCUGGUUUUUUUUCCAACAAAGAGUUAAAAAAUAAUGUGCUUUUUCCCAAACACAAAAAGAGGUUUAAGGUCAAAGCGGAUCAAAACGGCAGCUGGACACGAACAGUACAAGAGCUGGGCGGUCAGAGGUCAGUUUACCCAAAUGAAUUCAAUAUGUACACUCAAAUAAAAGACUACAGCUAAUGAUUGUUACCAUUAUCUAUUAAUCUGCCACAUUUGGUCUCUAUAAAAAGGUGAGAAAAUGGUGAGAAAUAUCCAAAUUUCUUAAAAUGUGAAGGUGAUAUCUUUAAAUGCCAUGUUUUUCAGGGAAAAGUUUGAAAUAUAUUCAUUUAAAUAUAAACCAGAAAAUCUCCACAUAUGAUCGGCUCUUACUGCAUUUUGGAUGUAAAAAACGAAUUUACCAACGAAUGUAUCAAUCACUUAUCAUUGCAGCUCUCAUGAAGAAUACAGCAGUUUAACCUCAAAGAAUAACCAUUAGGUUUCAUAAAAGUAUAACAGGGCUGAUAUAGCUGUAUAUCGUAGAGGCGUACCUUGUAAAGAGUGUUUUCUCUCUUCUCUCCAUGCAGAGUGUCUUUUAUUUGUCCAGGUUCACAUUUAAGAUUUCGGCCUUCACCGCAAAACGAAACUGUGUUCUAGUUUUAUUCAAACUAUUUUCCUUCGGAUUAAUCAUGUUAGUGUGUAAAAACUAUCUCCAGUAUCAUCCCUAAGAUUAUCAAUGACACUGAUUAAGUGAUUCAUAAAAAGCUGGGAGAAUCAUAAUCUUCAUUCUUUUGCAGUAAAGGGGGAAAUCUCCUGGACAAUACAACUAAAACUGAUCUCACCCAAGUUGUGAUUACAUUUGAGUGAACUGACCCUUUAAUGACACAACUCCCAAAACAUUGUGGCACAAAUGCGUGAUUAAAGAACAUAUUAGCUAGCCGCCAACAAAAGGAGUCAAAGGAAAACAACAAACAUGGAGGUGAGGCGACGUUCCUCCUCCCACCGGCUUCAUGAAGGUUUUCAAUACAGCCAGUUAAUGCAUCACCUCUCCAAUAAAAAGGGGGUCGGAGAGAGGAGUUGGACUGAAAACUUUUAUGGAGUCCAGCGCAGGACUGAAACCUCUCAGCCGCUUCCUCUGUGGCUGUAGCCAUGGUAACCAGUGCUUCUGUUACCAUGGAGCAACAGUAAUGAAUCUGAAAACCAGGAAGUGAGUUGCUGGUUCCCUCAUCUUAAAGUCAAUGGAUUUGAUGAAUAUGUUUAGGUCUGAUGCCCAAAAUAAGGUCUGUGGUUAAUAAGAGUUUUACACUUUUUGUUCAUCAACAUUGGAUGUGUAAAUUAAUACUUCACUGGUGAAUAUCGGCGAUUUUACCCGUCCUAUUAAAAAAAAAAAAAAAAGGGCGGUUGCUAAAAAGUGGCUUAAUGGGACUAGAGAUGGUGUUUGUGCUUGUA